UGUGAUGACUUUUGUUGGUGAUUUCAAAAUUCAAUUUAAAUGAAUUAUUUGUAUUAUCCAAAUGAAUUAUGCGAUAAUAAUUAAUAAGUGAUAUAUUAAAAUGUGAAUGUGAUAUUCGCGUAAUAUUUGAUUCUUACAAAAAAACAAGUUAUUUAAUUGUUGUUUGUAACCUGUUUACAAUUACCAAUAAUUAUUGUAAAGUUUUCUAACAUGUCAACAGAAAAUCAUAGUCUUAUAAAUGAUAUAUCUCCAGUGUUUCGUCCGUAUGUUCAUAAUAUAUAUCAGGACUUACAGCUAGGUUUAUGUAAAACAAAAGUGGACCUAGAAAGGAUUGGGGGCUCUGCAAACAAUGCAGAGAGUCAAUUUCGUUUAGUGCUUCCAUAUUGCUCCAAAAAGUUAAAGUGGGAUAUUAUUUUUGAUGCUUCAACACCAUGGUUUGCACCAGAUUUUCGAUUUGAUGAUGAAAGCUUUUUAAGCAAUGCAGAUGAAGAGAUUCUGGUCAACGGUGUACCUAGUCUUGCUAAAUGGAAUUCUUCUAACCCAAAAUCACUGGGAGAAGUUAUUUCAGAAUUGGUGGCAAUGUAUAAAAUUCAUCAGGUAAAGAAGUUAAAUGAAGAUGAAAGUUCUCGAGCCUCAUUUGAAUAUAGUGCUCUAUUAGGCAAUGCUCUUAUAACUGAACAAGAUGUAGAAGUGUGGGUUGGGCCCCACAUUGUGGAGUUUCUCAUUAAACUUAAAGUAGACACAUCAAGACUUCCUGAACUAUACAAUGAGGGAACGGAUCAAAAUCCAGGAAUUGAUACUGCAUUACUACUUAUUAAAUACCCAAACCCUACCAACGCUGAACUAAUUUUAUCGCCAUUUUUGACUAAAGUUUUGGGAAACAUAUCCUUACCUAUGAUGCACCAAACGGGGGUACUUAUGGAUUAUGUUCCAACUGUUACAGAAAUAUUAAAUAACAAGAUUCAAGAUCUUCUGAACAAUGACAGAUUGAAACGUGAAUUGUUAGCUCAACUGAUUGUCAAGUAUGAGGGGGCCAUAUUAGAGCAUGAUGCAAAUAGUGCUGCUUUCUUAUUUGAGAUGAAUGACUUUCAUUGGAUCCUACAAAUAGAUAUAGCUAUUCAAUUCCCAGAAAAGCCUCCAGUGUUAACACUGCGGUCUGUAUAUCACUGUUCUAAAGGAAAACCAAAGUUCAAAGUUUUACCUGGAUGUUCAUAUAGUAAUUUUGAACUCUACAUAGAACAACAAGUGGAAAUAUUUAAAAAUGAUUGCACUGAAAGUCAGUCAAUUUUUGAUGUUGAUCAUGUUGAAUGACCACAUAAAACUGGUAAUAAUAACUUUUGGUGUAUUAACAAAUAAAAACGUGCGGUUGGGUGACUUUGUCGGACUUCCCCAAGUUCUUUUUAUUCAAAAUUAAAUAUAAAAUAGUGAAUUUUAAGUUAAAUAAACAAAGUCAUGUGUAAAUUAAAAUAAUUAACAAAACUAACGAAAAAAUAAUAUAAAUUAUAUGAAUAAUGGUACAGAAUUUAGGAUACUAGUGGUCGCCCAGUGGUAGAAACUAUGGUGAGUGUAUAAAUAAACUUCUAAUACCCUGUUACCCUGGAACUUUGACGGUUUUGCGUUAUUUGACGAUUUCUCCCUCUUGUAAGCAACAUAAAAGAAAUUUUUCCAAAAACAGACUGUAACUAAAAUAACAUGUUAAUAAAUAUAUAUACUU